AGUCCGUGUUCUAGCAUUACCGCGGAUAGCGUCAAGAAACUCGCGCCGUUGAAUUUAUUGAGUGAUUAUAGACGGAAAUUCGCCUAUAUGCAGUCAAUACGUAAUGUAGUUUGAAUGAUAAUAACUAAUUAAACGGAAGAUGAGUGCGACAUUCUCGAUAAAAUAUCCCGAAGGAUGCAAAGAAAUAAGUGAUGAUUUGAGCGAAGAAGAACUUCAUCGAAGACUUAAAGUACUGGCGAAAGCCUUGCAAGAUUUUGGAGAGCAAGAAGACGAAAAUGCACCCGCCGACGCACAAAUGUUCGAUGGCCUGGCUGAACAUCUAGCUAGUGAAUGUUUCCUGUCUCACCGGAGUAGAGAUAUACGUAUAUAUGUUGCUUGUAGUGUUGCCGACAUCCUAAGAAUCAGUGCUCCAAAUAAUCCUCUAAAAGAUGUCAGAGUUAUAAUGGAUGUAUUUAACUUCUUUGUGAGAGAAUUGAAAGGUUUAGCUGAUGUUAAUGGACCGAAUUACAAAAGAUACUUUUAUUUACUUGAAGAAAUCACUUGGUCCGGUGCAAUGAAUAUUUUACAUGAAUACGAUGGCUGUAUACCAAUUUUUUGUAAUCUUCUGAAAUUCGUUUUUCAGUGCAUUUCAAGCCAACAUAGUAAACAAAUGACAACUCUAUUUAUUGAAUUAUGUGGUACAAUACUAAAUGAAUUUGAUACCAUUCCUCCUGAAAUUAUUGAUAUAAUCCUUACACGAUUGGUGGAACCCAAUAAGAGUAAUGCCCCUCUGUCAUAUAAUAUAGCAAAAAGUGUCGUAACUAAAUGUGAUGAUAUCUUAUCAAGAUCAUUGGUUCAGUAUUAUACGAAUAUCAUUUUGUUGGGAAAGAAAGCGAAUUUAGAACUUGGAGAGAAAUAUUACGAAGCAUUCUACCAGUUAUUUUCCAUAUCCCCUAACGUUGUUCAAUUAGCCUUAUCUCAGUUUGAAUUUAAGCUAAAGAGCACGGAUGACUCAGACAGAAAAAAAGCUACUCAACUGUUACUUCGAAUUUUUUCCUCGAAUAGCUAUGACGAGACUGAAAAUCACAAAAAUCUUUGGUUUACACUUCUAGGAAGGUUUAACGACAAGGAAGUUGCUAUUAGAAAACUAUGCUCUCAAUUUGCUCAAGAGUUCAUCCUAAAUAAACCAGAUCUUAUCGAUGAAAUAACUGAUCAUCUAUCUCAGAGAGUCCUUGACACUGACGAAACAGUUAGAUAUGAAACAGUGGCGGCGAUCAUAUCAGCAGCCCGGAAAGAUAUUAAAAAAGUCAGCGACGAGCUCCUUGUUUUAGUUAAAGAGAGAACUCUAGACAAAAAAAUGAAAAUUAGACGAGAAGCGCUAAUGGGUCUCGCACAAUUAUAUAAGGCAUCAUGGAAUAGUAAUGAUUCUGAGUCUAUUGAAAGAUUAUCAUGGAUAAAGCAGAGAGUUUUAUACUCGUACUAUCAGCAGCUAAACGACGACAAAAUUUUAGUUGAAAGAGCUUUUCAAGGGCAUUUAGUUCCCUACAACUUAGAUGUGCCAGAGAAAGCUAGAAGAUUAUAUAUUCUUUAUGCAACAGUUGACGAAAGAGCUAUUAAAGUUUUGAAUGAAAUUUUUCGAACCCAAAAGAAAUUUCGAGAUUUCACCAGUCAAAUUCUAGACUUAUUGAAGAAUGGCUUAAAAACCGAAAGAAUACAGCAUGAAGUGAAUUCCAGAUUACAAACUUUGAGUAAUCAACUCCCUGAACCGACCAAAACUUUAGAUUACUUGAAAAAAUUAGUUAAAAUGAUUGAAGCUGACAACCGAUUACGAAAUUGCAUAACCAAGCUGCUUGAUGAUGACUGCAGUUGCAAGAAGAGUGAAGAAUAUACGAGAGAGAUCCUGAAAAAAAUGGGCAAUGCUGUUCCAAAUAAUCAUUUAUACAAUUAUAUUAGGAAUUUCGUUGAACGAAUUGCUUCGUUGAUGAUCGAUGCGACAGUUAUGAAAGAAUUAUUCACUUUGGUGGACGAUGCUAUCAACGGCACUGGUGAUGCUCUGGAGGGAGUUAAAGAUGCUGCAAAAUCGGGAAUACAGUUACUUCAAACUUUAGCACCAGUUUUUCCUCAUUGUUUCAAAAACGAAGAAGUUCUUGAGUUUCUCACAACUUUUGUAGAAAACGAAGAUGAUGAUAUAGCUUGCACGACUUUACAAAUUUUCUGGGACAUUGGUUCUGAUUUGCAAAAGAAAUUCCCAACUGUUUUUCGAGAUCUCUUACCCAUAUUGCAAAGAUUUGCCAAGUGUGGAACUGCGAAACAAGCAAAAUACGCCGUGAAGUGUAUUGAAAAAAUGGACAAAAAUAAUAAGUCAAAACUUUACGCCCCAAUAUUCGAUCACAUCGAAAAACAUCUAGAUGUUGAAUCUUCAUCAUUUUUGGUGUCAAUUGUUGUCAUGGGACAUGUAAGUCGCAUUUGUCCAGAAGAAUAUUCAGGAAGAGCUAGAAAAGUAGUUGUUGAUGUUAUCGUUAAGGAUCUUUUAAUGGUUGAUCGAAGCAAUGGACGACAUUCCAAUGAAAAUUGGUAUAGCGAUAAUCUUGUGUCCUACGAGACAUUGUGCAAGAUGGAAGGGAUGAAGAUGAUGGUAAGAUGGCUGCAAGGAAAACAAUCUGAUAAGAGCAACAUAGCCACAAGCACUCUACGCUUAUUAUUCACUGUUAUCAAACACGACGGAGACUUGAUGGAGAAAAAGAAAAUAAAUAAACCGGAAAUGGCUAGAUUACGAUUGCAAGCUGGCUGUUGUAUACUAAAGAUAGCAGAAGAGAGGAAUUACUACGAAUUAGUUAGCAACAGUUAUUUCAACAUGAUUGCAUUUCUAUUGAACGAUACUUGUCCAGAGGUGAGAAAAAUAUUUGCAGACAAACUUUUUAAAGGACUCUUUUCCUUGAAACUACCUUUGGCGUACAUGGCGAUUUUCUGUCUCGGAGCAAAUGAACCAGAUAAGGACAUUAAGACACAAAUUAAGACAUAUUUACACAAUUGUAUAAUGAAACGACGAACCCUUAUGAAAAGUAAAACAACUGGAAGUCAAGCUAUUGUUUUCCAAUUGCUUCCGGAUUAUGUUUUGCCUUAUGUUAUACAUCUUUUAGCUCACGAUGGUGACCUAUUAGACAAUGAAGAUGUAGAAAGUUUAAAAAAUACUAAAGAAUGUUUAUGGUUUAUAAUGGAACCAUUGAUUAUGAAAAAUGACCAGUAUAGUUCUGCCUUCUAUAGGCAAAUGAUUGAACAAAUAAAAACAUGUAAAGAUGCAAAUGACCCUGAGAACGAAACUUUGAACAAAAAAAUAUACGCAGUGUGUGAUUUGGCGAUGAAUAUAAUUUUAACAAAACCCACAACGGUAGACAUAAGAGAAUUUCCUGCAGAACCUCUUCUCCCUUCAAAAUUAUUUCAAAAACCAGAUGUCCCGACUACAAAUACAACUAUUUAUCUACCAAAGGAGCUGCAGAUCUCAUCUAAACAAAUAAGCAGACGUCACAAAACUGAGGCUAAGGAAGAAGUUAAAGUAAAUGGUGAUAGUGAACCAAAGGCAAAGAAACGCUUGUCAGACGAUAGUGCACCAGAUGUCAAGAGACAAAAGAAGGAUGACUGGAAACCAGUAGACUCUAGUUCAGAAGAGGUUGCUGAAGGGGAAGAUGAUGUAGAGCAUUAUACUCCUCGACCCACAAGAAGUGGUAGGCAAAAAUCAAAAGAAAUAAAAACUCCUGCCUUGGGUAAAGAUUAUUCUGAAGAAGACAAUGAAGAGGAGGAAGAGGAAGAGGAGGAGGAAGAGAUAGAGGAAAUAGAGGAGGAAAGCGUUAUUGAAGAAAAACCCGCACCCAAACCUCGUAGAGGGCGAACAAGGAAAGCAUCUGAUACACCUGUUAAAGGUCAGCGGGGGAAACGUCGGAAAAAAGAAGUUGUUAAUGAACCAGAGAAAGAGGAAGAUGAUGAUAAGGCAACCGAUGGGGACAUUGAUUCUGACGAAGACAUUGACAAGAAGGCUUCAGAUGAGGAAAACGAUGCACGAGGCAGACGAGGCUCACGAGGGAGAGGACGAAUAGCUAACGCCGCAAGAAAGAAGUCAACACCAGUUAAAAAGGAUAAACAAACGAAAAGGUCAAAAAGAGUACAAAGACAGAAAUCUUCCUCCCAAGAUCUUGAUCAAUCAACAUCUGUUGAGUCUAGUCCUGAAAAACCAACUAGACACAGGAAAGUGGGAAGGCCAAAAAAUCCACUUAUUUCCAACUCAAAAACGACGCCAUCUGAAAGAAACGCCGUGACUUCGCCAGUAAGUAGGAGCAGCCAAGAAUCUCAUGAUUCUCUGCUGAGGCAAUCAUCUAGGCGACGGCAAGUGACAGAAAGAAUGGAUCAGUAUAUGAGGAAGAGAACACCAUCUGCUUCACCUAUAAAAUCUAAUGCGUCUCCAAGUCCAGUAAAAGGUUCAAGGAUUACUAGGUCAUCUGUGAGUAAUCAGACGCCGCCUAAAAAGAGAACAAGUGGUAGGCAAACGCAAGCAGAAACUAAACCGAAGGCUGCUGGAAAGAGAAAGCGAUAGUCCCUUCAAUCUGUAAAUUUUCAAACAUCCUACGAAACACCCAAAGAAUUUAUCCACCGAAUCUCGCAUUCCAAAAAAAGGGGACUUGGAGUGUUUGCUAAACUUUAUAGUAUAGAUACACCAUAACUUUGUGCUUCGUUUUCAUAUUCUGUAUAUUUAGCUGUAUGAUGCGUUAUGUUUAUGGAACGUCAGUGACAUUUGUAAACUCUUGUAAGUAAUCUAGUUCAUGUAUGAUAAGAUAUACAUUAGUGAACGUAAAGUGAAAGGUAUUUUACUGACAAUUUUUUUCUUUAACUUUUACUAUUUUUAUGAGUGAAUGAGUUUCAUAUGUAUACAAGUUUUGUAUUAUAAAUUGCAUUUCAUUACAACUAUUACUAUCUCAACCAGAUAUUCAGUUGCAGUUGCAUUUGCCAACAGUCAAUUAAUAUUUUUGUAAACUAUUCAAACAAACAUUAACACUAAUAUCAUAACGAAAUUGUAAACAGCUUGUGUAACCAUGAAGGAAAUAGAAAGCAAAACCUUGAAAAAGCUAUAUGAAAGUCUUUGUUUUUAUCACGUUAAAGCAUUAUAACCACACAAAGCAAAGAAGGCACAUAACGAUAAAAAAUAAACUUCUCUUUAUAUCGAAAUACUUUACGUUCAUUAUAAAUGAAAUAAUUAAAAAUUUAUGGUUCUUAGAACACUGUAGGAUUAUAAAAAUUCCUCUAUUUGAACGGAGUUCAUCGCUUAUCAUAAAAUUUCAAGUGAUUAGUUGAAGAGAAUCUAAAAAAAGCCUAUCUAUUACCAAGACUUACAAAGUAUGAUAAAAUUACUUAGAUAUUUCGACAUAGGUACUAAAUUUGUACUUUGUUAUUCAAUAUUACAUGUAUAAGAAAUUAAUGGAAUAUUAAAAGAUACUUUGAACCGUUUAUCAAUGAAAUAUUCAAUUUCACAGGAAAUAGUUCAAAGUAGGUGAAGUUUUAGUUCGAUUAGAAACUAUACGGUAAUAAGGAAAAUAAGAGGGAGCGAAAAAAAGAGAGACAAAUAAACAAACUAACUAGCUAGCAGCAGACGCCUUAUUUUGAUAAUAAGAUGAAGACAAAGACUAGAUGUUAUAUCAAUAAAAAAAAUAAACAAAGAAACAAAUCAUAUCUAUUCUUCCAAUAGGUUUAAACAAUCAAACGUAAAUAGGACUAGAAGUAAUAGGAUUUCGGUAUCAUUUAAAAAAAUGAAAAGAGGCUCUCGGUUAAAGGUUAAACAAGGAGUUAAUUAGCGAAGAAUUUCGAAAUAAAGAGCAUGCUCAUUUCAUAUAAAUAACAAUC